UGUCUCCCGUGACAGUCGCUUGGCCUCUGUCUCCCGUGACAGUCGCUGCGGGGAGGCCCGCGGAGGACGUGGGAUGUCACAGCCCGCCAUGGAGUUGGUGUCCUUUGAGGACAUAGCUGUGUACUUCACCUGGCAGGAGUGGCAGGACCUGGACAUUGCUCAGAAGCUGCUCUACAGGGACGUGAUGCUGGAGAACUACAGCAGCCUGGUGUCCUUGGGCUGCUGCAUGGUCAAGCCUGAGUUGAUCCUCACGUUGGAACAUGAAUUUGGGCUAUGGAGGGUAGCAGAUACCUCAGUCUGGAACCUUCCAGGGUACUGUGUGACCAGACCAGGGUUGAACAUCAGGUUGCAGCAUGGAUUUGAGCCAUGGAGUGCCUCCCAAGCCUCACUCUGGAGCCUCCCAGAUAUGCGUAAUUUAAGUGGCCUGGGAAAUCAAGAGACACACUUGUGGCAAGUUGAAGUCACCAACGGCAUUACGUCAUAUGAACAGAUGGUUGAAGCAGAACUACAGAUUCAAGAGAAAAUGCAUCAAGGGGCAAAACCGUAUGAAUAUAAUGAAUGUAUGGAAACAUUUGAUCAGAAUUCACAGCACACCGUGAAUCAGACAUCUCAGUCACAUGAGAACCCCUUUGGAUGGGAGGAAUGUAGAAAAUCCUUCUAUUAUCAGUCCACCCUCACUCAAUAUCAAAGAUUUCAUAUAGGUGAGAAACUCUAUGAGUCUCCGCAAUGCUGGGAAAUUUUCCCCUGGAAGCCCCAAGUCAGUGUACUGGAGACAUUUCAUGCAGGUGAGAGACGUUAUGAGUGUGAAGAAUGCAGGAAGUCUUUCCACCGGAAGGCAAACCUUAUUCGACAUCAGAGAAGAACACAUAGCAGAGAGAAGCCCUAUGAGUGUAUAGAAUGUGGGAAAACUUUCUACUGUAAGUCAGACGUAACUCGACAUCAUAGAAGAACUCAUAGUAGAGAGAAACCCUAUGAAUGUGUAGAAUGUAGUAAAACUUUCUACUGUAAGUCAUACCUUAUUCGACAUCAGAGUAGAACUCAUAGUAGAGAGAAGCCCUAUGAGUGUACAGAAUGUACUAAAACUUUCUACUGUAAGUCAGAUCUUACUCGACAUCAAACAACUCAUAGUGGGGAAAAGCCUUUUGAAUGUAAUGAAUGCUCUAAAACAUUCUACUAUAAGUCAGACCUCGCUAAUCAUCAGAAAACUCAUACAGAUGAUAAUCCCUAUGAAUGUAAAGAAUGUAGGAAAACUUUCUGCUCCAAGUCAAGCCUCAAUCAACAUCAUAGGAUUCAUACUGGUGAGAAGCCCUAUGAAUGCAAUGAAUGUAAGAAAAGUUUCAACUCUAAGUCAAACCUCACUGAGCAUCAGAGAAGAACUCAUACUAGAGAGAAGCCCUAUGAAUGUAAUGAAUGUUGGAAAUCUUUCUACUGUAGGUCAGAACUCGUUAAUCAUCAGAGGACUCAUACAGUGGAGAGAUACUAUGAAUGUAAAGAGUGUAGGAAAAAUUUCUACUGUAAGUCAAACCUCAAUCAACAUCAAAGAACUCACACAGGAGAGAAACCGUAUGAAUGUAAAGACUGUAACAAAGCUUUUUAUUGUAAGUCAAACCUCAAUCAACAUCAAAGAACUCAUACAGGUGAAAAACCUUUUGCAUGUAAAGACUGUAGUAAAGCUUUCUAUUGCAAGUCAAGCCUUGUUAAACAUCAAAAAAUUCAUUCAGGUGAGAAGCCAUAUGAAUGUGAAGAAUGUAGGAAAACUUUCUUCCAAAAAUCAGAUCUCACUCGACAUCAGAGAACACAUACAGGUGAAAAACCCUAUGAAUGUAAAGAUUGUAGCAAAACUUUCUAUUGUAAGUCAAACCUCAAUCAACAUCGGAGAACCCAUACACGUGGAAAACCUUAUGAAUGUAAAGAGUGUAGGGAAACAUUCUGUUCUAAGUCAGAGCUCACAGAACAUCAAAGAAGUCAUACAGAUGAGAAACCCUAUGUGAUGUUUAAUAUCGAUUGUCAACUUGACAAGAUCUGGAAUCAUCUGGGAGACAGGCCUCUAGGCAUGCCUGUGAAAGAUUAUCUAGAUUAAGUUAGCCUCUGGGGAUGUCUGAUUAUCUUGAUUUGGUUAAUUGAAGCAGGAAGACCCACCGUAAAUAUGGUGGCAUCAUUCCCUGGCCUGAUGUUAUGUACUUUAUGGAAAGGGGUAGCACCAUUCUGUAGACUAGGGUUCUGGACUACAUGAAAAGGAGAAAGGUAGAUUAAGCAUGACCAUUUGUUGUUUUCUGCUUCCUGUCUCGAUACUACCCCACUAGCUGCCUUAAGCUCCUGCCACAGUUACUCCUCUGCCAUAAGGGCUUGUACCUUCAAACUGUGAGCCACAGCAAAAAGUAACUAAUCUAGGAAAUUGGUUCCGAGAAGUGAGGUUGCUCUGAUAAAUUCGGCUAUAUGGUUCAUGGGCCAUUGGAAAUGGUUUUCAUGAGGAAUGUAGAUUUUGGGACUUUGGGCUAAUAUAACCUUUGAAUGCUAUGCUACAGAGCUAAAUAGGCCAUUCUGGUGGAAGUUUAUAAGAUCAGGAGGCAGAGGGAAGUACAGGCUGUGGAGGCCUGGCUCAUAAGGCUUCAGAGGGGAAUAAGAACUGUCAGGAAGUGGGCUGGAGACCAUUUGUGUGAUUCUUUGCCAAGAAUCUGGCUUCAUUCUCCCUGUGUUCUGAGAACUCGAGUAAUGGUGAAUUUAAAGAAAAUGUGCCGAUCUAUCAGGCGAAGAAAAUUUCCCAGUAGGAGUGUAUUUUGACUGACACAGCUUCUGGUAACAGCACUUGUAAAGUUCACAGUGAAAAAACUUGCUUUGAGCAGAUGGUAAGUGCAAAAGCGAUCAAAACUUGCAGCUCUCAUGGAUUAAGAAAGCAACAGCAAAGCAACAUCUGUAGGCAAGGCAUGUAUGAAAAAAAAAAA